GAAGCUGCUAAGGAUCCCUUGCCUGCGCCUCCUGAGGAUGCUCUUGCUGACAGCUUGGAAAACAGCGGAGAAGAUUUGUGCGGGGCAACUUCUGGAUCGAGCUCGCCGCACAGCAACGAUGCCCCUUUUGAACUUCCUGAAAAGAGGACGCGAAGAAAAUGCCCAGCUUCGGCGGCCAAGCCGGCAGGCCAGGCAAGGGGCCGCGGCCAGGCAGGUGCUGCAGCAUCGAAAGCUGCGGUCGUCAACAUCAAGCCAGAUGUUGAGCGGGUGCAGUCGCCAGAGCAGGAAGCAUCGGAACCCCUCAGCGUACCUGAGAGCCCCAACGCAGACGAGCAACCACCGGCGGUGCAACAGCCGGUAGCAGAGCCGGCGGCUGCAGGUCGCGCCUCGAAGCCAGCAUCGCAGCGUAACAGCUUGAGUCAGGGCGCGGCCCGCACGGGAGAGGACAUAUGGAGGCUGAACAUGGCGCUCGGCAAAAUGGUUGAGCAGCUCGGGGACCCGGAGGAUGCCAAACAGGGGAAGCGUCGCUACAAGAGCCCUACGCUGCGGGAGAAGCUGCACAAGCAGUGGGGCGGGACGUACGGCGAGAAGCUGGAGAAGGAGCUGCCAGCAAUGGAUGUGGACGAGCUGCCCGCCCCAAAGUAUGAGCCGCCCCUCUUCCUGGAAGAAACCAACGACACGGAUAAUGAGGACGACCAACGGCGCGAGGUGAAGCCGCAGCCGCGGGAGGUGAUAGAUAUCGACAUGGUGGACGCCACUGCUACCGUGGUGGCCACGACCGCCCCCACCAAGAAAUCGGGGAUACCCGGCGGCUCAAAGACAGGCAUCAAGCGCCCAACGCAGCAGGGUGCUGCCAAGAAGGCAGCGGCGGCAGCCGGCGCAGUGGCCGACAGGUCCGAGACGCAUGCAGAGGACCUCACAGACCGGGCCACAGCGCCCUCGGUCGCGGCACAGCAGGAGCAGGAGCCGCCGCAGGCACAGGGCCCGCAACGCCGGGGCACGCGCAAGGCGAAAGCGGUGGAGGCCGAGGCGCCAGCGACGGCGCCAAAGAGCACGUUGCCGAAGCAGCCGGUACCAAGGCGCGGCACACGGGCAGUUGCUGCCGCCGCCGCAGCAGCAGAGGACGCAGCAGCGGUAGAUCCCAUGGACACCCAGGCUGCACCGCCGCCCUCAGCACGAGGCCGGAGAACCCAACCGGCCUCCAUUAACGGCGCGGCUGGCAAGCCGCCAAUGCCGCCCGCCUCCGUCAGCAAGCCUAACGAGGGGGCCGGUGGCGGCGCGGACUGCACGGGCGGCAACGCGACGAAGCGCUCACGUGAGCCGGUGCCCGUGGGCGAUGACACUGCUCGCAACAACAAGGCGCUCCGCCUGGAGUACCAGCAGCAGCUGAAGGAGAUUGAAGGGUUGCGAGCGCGGAACCAGGAGCUGGAUUUGAGGUGCAAGGACCGCGACGCCACCAUCUCGCAGCUGCAGGCGGAGGUCAAGAACGCCAAGAGCGCUGCGGCGCAGGUGGAGAAGGAGCGCGGCCGCGACGCCAACGAGCUCAACGGGUUGCAGCGGGACAAGGAAAAGCUGCAGGCCCAAGUGGAGGAGCGGGACGAGAAGAUCAACGGGCUCAAGGAGGAGGUCAAGCAGGCCAAGGACCGGCAGGCCAAGUUCGCCAAGCAGGCUGAGGGCAUGCUGCAGGAGUGGAAGGCGGAGGACGCCAAGACGCAGGCGAGGCGCAACCAGCAGAUAGAGGAGCUGCUCAAGUCGUGGCAGCGAGGGUAGCAGCGU